AUGUCCCACAAAGGCUUUUGCGUGAUGCUUUGCCAGUGCCAAAGCAAUCUUCACCUUCUUGACAGGAAAGGCAAGCUUCCUCGAGCUGGCAGAGUGAAGCAUCUGUUGUGGGCAUUAUACUACAUGAAGUGCUACAAUAUUGAACAAGUGAACAAAAUCUUUACCGGUACAACGCGCAAGACGUUCCGGAAGUGGACUGAUAUCUUCAUGGAAGCAUUGGCGGACCUCCAUGAGAAUGUGAUCCGUUUUGAAUAUAGAUUGAUAAAUGAUAACGGAGCACCUGCUAAAGUAACUGUUGACGGCACCGACUUUCGUUCACCUGAGUACUCUCCAUUCAAUCCGGGGAGACUGUCACACAAGUUUGAUGGACCUGGAUUUCGCUAUGAGGUCGUUAUCGCUGUUGCGACUGGGCUAAUCUGCAGCAUCAAUGGUCCUUUCAUAUGCGGUGAAUGGCCGGAUAUUAAAAUCGCAAGGAACCAUCUUCACGAAAUUCUUCCACAAGGAGAAUACUACCUCGCUGAUGCAGGAUAUCGUUGCCAACAUUCUCCAAGUAUCACCAAGUUUGAUAUUCCAGAUCAUGAGAGAGAGACAAUGGAUGAGUUGAUGGCUUAUCAUGAGAACAUCAACGGCAAGUUCAAGGAUUGGCGCAUAAUGUCUGAUCGCUUUCGCAACUCUGAAGAGAAGCACGGGGGAGCGUUCUUUGCAGUUGCUGUUCUGACUCAACUUGAAAUUGCCGAGGGUAUGCAUGUUUGGUAA